GAAGUGUUGAGUUGACUGAUCGAGAGAUUCGCGUUUGUUCUAAUUUUUUUGUUUUCAAUUAAUUUAAGUUAGUUUAAUAAAUGUUUUAGCACAGUAGUAGUCUUAGGAUGACCAUGGAAAGGAGGAUAAAGCUGAAAACCCUUAACAGCCACAUAACUUGCAAGAUUUGCCGCGGAUACUUCAUAGAUGCUACCACAGUCACCGAAUGCUUACAUACGUUCUGCAAAAGCUGCCUAGUAAAACAUUUGGAGGAGAAUAACACAUGUCCAACAUGCGACAUUGUGAUACACCAGUCGCACCCACUGCAGUACAUCAGCUUCGACCGCACCAUGCAAGACAUAGUCUACAAGCUUGUACCAGACUUGCAAGACAACGAGCUUAAACGCGAGCGCAGUUUCUACCGCGUGCGCAACCUGCCAUGCCCGAAGGAUGCUGCACUAGCUCUGGGAGCCAAGGGGGGUGCAGGCGAAGAGCCCGAGCAACCUGACAACACGGACAACCAUAGGAAAGAUGAACAGGUUAACGUCUGCCUGGAGUGUAUAUCGACGUCGCUGCGUACGCUGAAGCGAAGCUUCAUCCGCUGCUCCGCACAGGCCACCAUUACGCACCUCAAGAAGUUUGUCGCCAAGAAGGUGCUCAGUGGCAUGGAGAAGUAUAGAGAAAUUGACAUCCUAUGUAACGAUGAGCUCCUUGGCAAGGAUCACACGCUGAAGUUCGUAUACGUGACGCGUUGGCGGUUCCGCGACCCGCCGCUGCGGCUCCAGUACCGGCCCAAGAUCGACCUCUAGCGUUGUUGAUCCCACUGACAGUGAGACAAAUAUGCUUUUGGCACCUACAACAUUGAAAUGACCUUAUGUCUUUGCGAUAGGGUUUACAAUAGUAAAAUGCGUCCAGACGCUUAAGUUCGUGUACGUGACGCGUUGGCGGUUCCGCGACCCGCCGCUGCGGCUCCAGUACCGGCCCAAGAUCGACCUCUAGCGUUGUUGAUCUUACUGACAGUGAGACGAAUAUACUGUAACUAGGCACCUUCAAGAUUGAACUGACCUUAUGUCUUUGCGAUAGGGUUUACAAUAGUAAAAUGCGUCCAGACGCUUAAGUUCGUAUACGUGACGCGUUGGCGGUUCCGCGACCCGCCGCUGCGGCUCCAGUACCGGCCCAAGAUCGACCUCUAGCGUUGUUGAUCCUACUGACAGUGAGACGAAUAUACUGUAACUAGGCACCUUCAAGAUUGAACUGACCUUAUGUCUUUGCGAUAGGGUUUCCAAUAGUAAAAUGCGUCCAGACGCUUAAGUUCGUGUACGUGACGCGUUGGCGGUUCCGCGACCCGCCGCUGCGGCUCCAGUACCGGCCCAAGAUCGACCUCUAGCGUUGUUGAUCCUACUGACAGUGAGACAAAUAUACUCUUGACCUUAUGUCUUUGCGAUAGGGUUUACAAUAGUAAAACGCGUCCAGACGCUCAACUUCGUGUACGUGACGCGUUGGCGGUUCGGCCGCCGCUACGGCUCCGGUACCGACCGAAGAUAGACCUUUAAAGCCCACUUGCACCAUUUCACUAACCAGUUAAACCUGGAGUUACCAUGGUUACCAGUACAAUUUGACACUGGGCUACCGACCGCUUAACCCCGGGUUAGUGGGAUGGUGCAAGUCGGCCUAUCUGUCCAGUGUAGCGUGAUCGUUUACUGCACACAGGGAAAUACAAAGAGUAAAUAAUAGCAAUACUUAUACCACUCGCGUCGAAUAACGGUCCCUUAUUUUCACUUAUUACAAUAGUAGUUACAUACAAAAGUCCUAAUACAAUUGGUCAUCACUUUUAUGAUAACGCCUGACCGCCUGCAAGACGUUUAAACGAUUUUGGCCCGCAAGCACAGAAUAUAUAAUAGUACUAGGUAGAGAAGAUUCACUCCAUAACAAAACGCGUCUAGUACGCGCAAGGCGGCGCAAGCGUGUGCAGGCGUCCUUUCCGUAGCGGUGUGCGGCAAUUACUAUGGCAAAACCUCCCCAAAUUGAGGCGGCCGCAAGUACUUGUAGCGACGCGACGAAAUCGCGGAGUGAGACACGCCUGCCUUAAGGCGGUUCCCUGAGCCAGAAGGCGAAAAAUCUCCUUAUAUGAUCAUGUUUUUCUAAGUUGAUAGUCGUAGACAUGGAAAAAAUAUAUGUAGUUCUUGACUAUAUUAUCUUUAAUAUCAUAGCUUUCGAUACACGAAUUAUGACACUUCGCUCGAUACAAUUAAUUCCCAAAGUAACCUCUAACUCGGACUUUUAAUCCAACUUUACUCGGUUAUUUAUUAUGUCAUACUAUAAACAAAAAAAGAAGAAAAAACAAUCUUAACUUAAAUAGUAAUUUCAUAGCUUUCGAAUUUCGAUAUUGUAAGGUAACGUUUUUAAAAUAAAUAAAAAUCGACAAAAUUCGAUCAAAAUUGACACUUGGCGCGCAUGAUCUAUCCCGUUCUUUCUUGCGAAAUGUGACAGUGACAGCGGCAAACCGAUGGAACGGCAUUAAGGUGGUUCACCGAGAAUGUCCCCGACUCUAGAUGGUCUACUGCGGCUAUCAAGAAUGCGAUUACGCUAUAUAACAUUACCUUACACGUGUUUGUUAUUCUAGUGGUUAAUUAAUACAUUUUUGACCAUUUGUAAACUGUAUUGCAGAGACAUUAAGGUCCACCGGUGAUCACUUAAAUGUUAUGUUGUUAUUACAAGCACAAGGACGUAAUUUAGAAAGGGUCCAACCCGCAAAAAUCAGUCAAUAUAAUGUGAACUUUUUAUCGAAAAUAAAAGUCGUCAAUUUGAAUUACUAAUUUUUGAGGAUGGAUCUUUUUCGCUAAAUUACGUUCUUCAAUUUUAUUAUUGUCCAAACUGCUUAUUGGCUAUUAUAAACAUUAAUGUCAAAGACAAACGUUCCAUCCAUGGUCAGAUAAACGAGUUGUGUAAGUUGUGUAGUAAAGGCACUGAAUAAAUGUGAUGUGAUGUCAGUUUCAAACUAAGUAUCAUGCUAAUACCAUACCUAUCUGUAAGUAGUAAUACUAGUAAUAGAAUUUGUACUUUAAAAAAUGCACUCACUUUGAAAUGUAUUUUUUUAAUUGCCAAUGUUCUUUGUGUUGAUAAUUUGUAGACUGUGAACUUUUAAUGAAUUUCAAUUAGCCUCAUGCAUGAAGUUUAUAUUUGAAUGAAAUAUGUUUUAUUCGGAUGUUUGUUACCGUUAUAUCAUGUUACAAAAUGCAUUUCAGUUUUUAAAUUACCAUUUAAUUACUUAAAAUUAUAAAUAAAAAGUACAAAAAUUUGCCCGCGAAAAGCUAGUGAGCGAAACGCUCGAAACGCCACGUGACGGCACGCGUUCGACAGAUUAGUGUCAUUAGUAGCAAACGUCAGUUGGGCCGCCCAACGUGUGACGUCAUCACGCUCUGUCGAAUUCGCGCCAAAAAUUAUGAGCGUUUCAACCGCUCAAAAAUUUUCAACAUUUUAAUUAUUUUUUAAUAAAAUAAUGUUAAGGUUUACAAAAGUAUUUUUAUCAUUUCCGGUGUUCCAACGAUAUAAAUUAUGGAUCCAAAAAUAAAAAUAAAUUCAUGCAUGGAGCUAAUUGGAUACAUAUAUGAUUAUUUUAUGAACAAAAUAACAAAUAUUAUAGAUUAAUUGAUGGUUUUAUGAAUUGACGGAUAAAUUUAACGAAUUUUACUAUUUAUUCGAUUUUAAAAUAUGCUAAUGAACGUUGAUGUAAUUUUAAUUUAGUUACCCUUAAAACAGUUCGCACACCAAGAAUAAUAAUUAUUUUUUUAGUACAUUUUAUAACUAGAAUGCAAUUUAAUUUCGUGUAUUAGGACAAAAUGAAAUACUAUACAUGUUUUUAUUUUAGGUUGUUAUUAUGUUUUAGUUAAUUUGUUAUGCAUUUAGUUUCUUCCUUUGACAUGGGAUAGGGGUAUUUUCUCAUUUUAGCCGACAUUUUAAAAAGGACAAUUCACAUCCUGAAGGUUUUGUUUCAUUCUUUACUGGAGAAAGUUUAGACUAAUUCACAUUUUCCUUAGUUUAAUAAUUUAAAUAAACAAAUGAUUUAUAUAAAAUGAGGAGCAACUUUAUGUGAAUUAAUUGAAAUAUAUUUAGUUUUAAUGUUUAA